CCCACAGUCGUGGACGCGCCGAAAGUCGAAACUUGAACCCUUCUGCUAUAAAUCCUCUGUCUCUCUGUCUCUCUCUCUCUCUCUCUGUCUGAAUCUCUCUUCCCGAUUCCUUCUGUUUGUUUGUUUCUGCUGUGAUCAUGGCGAGUAACGAGGCAGAGCGCAAAGAGGCGGCGGAGGAAGAAGCAACAGAAGUCGUAGCCGGUGAUGAUGAAGAUACAGGAGCUCAGGUUGCUCCCAUCGUAAGGCUUGAAGAGGUUGCUGUUACCACUGGAGAGGAAGAAGAAGACGUUCUUCUAGACUUAAAAGCAAAACUUUACCGGUUUGACAAGGAUGGGAAUCAGUGGAAGGAGAGAGGUGUUGGAACCGUGAAGCUUCUCAAACACAAGGAAACAGAGAAAGUUAGGUUGGUUAUGCGUCAGUCUAAGACGCUUAAGAUCUGCGCCAACCAUCUAGUUCUUCCUACCACUUCGGUACAAGAACAUGCCGGGAAUGAUAAAUCAUGCGUUUGGCACGCAACUGAUUUCUCUGACGGAGAAUUGAAAGAUGAGCUCUUUUGCAUCCGAUUUCCUUCAAUUGAGAACUGCAAAUUUUUCAAGGAAAUGAUAAAGGAGGUUGCUGAAUCUCAAGUUAAGAAAGCUGAAGAGAGUAAAGAAGCUACAUCUGCUGCUGGCCUGAUUGAGAAGUUGAGUGUAAGUGAAACUGAAGACAAGGAAGAAAAAACUGAGGAAAAAGCGCCUGCCUCUACGGCAGAGCAAAAGGAAGAAGAAAAGGCAAAACCAGACAGUUAAAUAGAUGAGAAGGUUCUACCUCAGUACUUGCAACAUAAUAUGGUUCCCAAGAGUUUUGCAUUGGCGCUCCAGAAGUUGGUGAAAUCUGUUGAAGGUUGAUGAAUUGGUAUGGGGAUCUGCAGGAGGAAUUAGUAUCUUGUUUGUCAGGUGUCUGGUCAGUCGUGGAUGGGGAUCUGGAGGAACUGGUAUCGAGUCUGUUGGUUGGUCAGGUCAGUCGCGGGAUUGGUGAGUGUUUCAUGACAAUGGCUCGUCUGUCUGCCAUUGAAGUUGUGAUAUUGUUUGCAAGUCAAGGUUGGUCUUGUUUCAGCUAUGAAAGUGCAGCUUGGGGUCAUUCUUAUAGUUUGAAGAUUCAAUUGUACGUUUCAUAUCUUGAGUCAGUUAAACUUCUUUUGAAUGUUAUUUAUUUUCUUGC